AUGGCGAUGAGGAAGCUUUUGUCGAAGCGUCUCUUCAACAUCUCAAACGUAGCCUCGCAGAGUCUCAUGAAUUGCCGCAUAUCGUCUUCUUCGAUAGCCGUGCGAACCAGAGUUCCGAAAGAAUCGGGGGAGACGAGAAUCGCUCCGGAGCCUGGAGAUUCCGGGAUGAUGUCCCGGAGGUUUCUGCAUAACUCCGCCAUGAUUCGGCCGGAGAUUAUGCAGAUGCCGGUUGGAGAGAGCUUGAUGGAGAAGCUCCGUGAAAUCGAUGGCAGCAAGGACCGGAUUCGAUUAGACGGCCUUGCUCCGCCGCCGAUGUCGAUUUCCGAGACGGAGACGCCAAGUUUGACGGUGGCGGACACGAAGAAGCUGAUCAGAGCGGCGCAGAUGGAGAUGGUGAAAACGAAGCUCAGAGAAACCGGGAGAAGCUGGAUGCCGUACGCGGAGUUCGUCGGCGUUUGCGGCGAAGCUUCUUCAGAUCCAGAUCACGGAUCUCGAAUCGCGAAGAUGCUGGACGAUUCAGCAAACGUCAUCGUUUUGGGAGAUUCCGUUUGUCUCAGGCCAGAUCAGGUUACGAAAUCCAUUGAAGGGUUGCUUCCUUUGCCAAAGAUCAUUAACCCGAACGACCCGAGAAGGAUCGAGCUGAGAGAGCUCGAGGCAGAGAAGGCGGUGAUCGAUUCCAAAGCGCACUCUCUGGUGCGGAAAGAGCUCUGGGCGGGUCUCGGUUACUUGAUACUGCAGACCGCAGGGUUCAUGAGGCUAACGUUUUGGGAGCUCUCGUGGGACGUGAUGGAGCCGAUAUGUUUCUAUGUUACCUCCAUAUACUUUAUGGCUGGGUAUGCUUUCUUCCUCAGGACGUCGAAAGAGCCUUCCUUUGAAGGGUUUUAUCAGAGUAGGUUUGAGGCUAAGCAGAGGAAGUUGAUGGAUGUGAAUGAGUUUGAUGUUGAGAGGUAUGAUGAAUUGAAGAAGCUGUUUUCCCCCAAGGCUUCUGGUCGUGUUUCCAAGGUUCUUGGAGCUGUUGAGUGUUAG